CGCCAGGGCCCGGACAAAAGCCGGAUCCCGGGCGGCUGCGGGAGGCUGGAGCGCUCCUAGUAGUGGCGGUGUUUGGGGGCCUGUUGAUCGAGCCCCGCGCACAGGCUUUCGCAGAGAGGUAGAGCAGGACCCUCCGCAGCCAUGUCGGCCAAGGCGAUCUCCGAGCAGACAGGCAAAGAACUCCUCUACAAGUACAUCUGCACCACCUCGGCCAUCCAGAACCGGUUCAAGUAUGCCCGGGUCACCCCUGACACUGACUGGGCCCACCUGCUGCAGGACCACCCGUGGCUGCUCAGCCAGAGCUUGGUGGUUAAGCCAGACCAGCUGAUCAAACGGCGUGGAAAGCUGGGCCUCAUUGGGGUCAACCUCACUCUGGACGGAGUCAAGUCCUGGCUGAAGCCACGGCUGGGACAGGAGGCCACAGUUGGCAAGGCCAGAGGCCUCCUCAAGAACUUUCUGAUCGAACCCUUCGUCCCCCACACUCAGGAGGAGGAGUUCUAUGUCUGCAUCUAUGCUACCCGAGAAGGGGACUACGUCCUGUUCCACCACGAAGGCGGGGUGGAUGUGGGUGACGUGGACGCCAAAGCCCAGAAACUGCUCGUUGGUGUGGACGAGAAGCUGAAUCUUGAGGGCAUCAAGAAACAACUGUUGGCCCACGCCCCCGAAGACAAGAAAGAAAUUCUGGCCAGCUUCAUCUCCGGCCUCUUCAAUUUCUAUGAGGACCUGUACUUCACCUACCUCGAGAUCAACCCCCUUGUAGUGACCAAAGAUGGUGUCUACGUCCUUGACUUGGCAGCCAAGGUGGACGCCACCGCCGACUACAUCUGCAAAGUGAAGUGGGGUGAUAUAGAGUUCCCUCCCCCCUUCGGGCGGGAGGCUUAUCCAGAGGAAGCCUACAUCGCAGACCUGGACGCCAAAAGUGGGGCAAGCUUGAAGCUGACCUUGCUGAACCCCAAGGGGAGGAUCUGGACCAUGGUGGCCGGAGGUGGCGCCUCUGUCGUGUACAGCGAUACCAUCUGCGACCUAGGGGGUGUCAACGAGCUAGCGAACUACGGGGAGUACUCGGGCGCCCCCAGCGAGCAGCAGACCUAUGACUACGCCAAGACGAUCCUUUCCCUCAUGACCCGCGAGAAGCACCCCGAUGGCAAGAUCCUCAUUAUCGGAGGCAGCAUCGCCAACUUCACCAAUGUGGCCGCCACAUUCAAGGGCAUCGUGAGAGCGAUUCGAGAUUACCAGGGCCCCCUGAAGGAGCAUGAGGUCACGAUCUUUGUCCGAAGAGGGGGCCCCAACUACCAGGAGGGCUUACGGGUGAUGGGAGAAGUCGGGAAGACCACUGGGAUCCCCAUCCAUGUCUUUGGCACCGAGACUCACAUGACGGCCAUUGUGGGCAUGGCCCUGGGCCAUCGGCCCAUCCCCAAUCAGCCGCCCACCGCGGCCCACACUGCAAACUUCCUCCUCAACGCCAGCGGGAGCACAUCGACUCCAGCCCCCAGCAGGACGGCGUCUUUUUCUGAGUCCAGGGCUGAUGAGGUGGCACCUGCCAAGAAGGCCAAGCCCGCCAUGCCACUAGAUUCAGUCCCAGGUCCAAGAUCCCCGCAAGCCUCACCACCGCCGGCUUCAUCCCAGACUCCCAGCACCAGGGACAAGUUUAGAUUUCUUUGGGAUUUGGGUGGAAGACAGAAUGGAGAAGGAGAGAGAGAGACCCAGAAGGGAAAGAGCGCCACCCUCUUCAGCCGCCAUACCAAGGCCAUCGUGUGGGGCAUGCAGACCCGGGCCGUGCAGGGCAUGCUGGACUUUGACUACGUCUGCUCCCGCGACGAGCCCUCAGUGGCUGCCAUGGUCUAUCCUUUCACUGGGGACCACAAACAGAAGUUUUACUGGGGUCACAAGGAGAUCCUGAUCCCCGUCUUCAAGAACAUGGCUGAUGCCAUGAAGAAGCACCCGGAGGUGGAUGUGCUGAUCAGCUUUGCCUCCCUGCGCUCGGCCUAUGACAGCACCAUCGAAACCAUGAAUCACGCACAGAUCCGGACCAUCGCCAUCAUAGCUGAAGGCAUCCCCGAGGCCCUCACGAGGAAGCUGAUCAAGAAGGCGGAGCAGAAGGGAGUGACCAUUAUUGGACCUGCCACUGUUGGUGGCAUCAAGCCCGGGUGCUUUAAGAUUGGGAACACCGGCGGGAUGCUGGACAACAUCCUGGCCUCCAAGCUGUACCGCCCCGGCAGCGUGGCCUAUGUCUCACGUUCAGGCGGCAUGUCCAACGAGCUCAACAAUAUCAUCUCUCGGACCACGGAUGGAGUCUACGAGGGCGUGGCCAUCGGCGGGGACAGGUACCCCGGCUCAACGUUCAUGGAUCAUGUGUUACGUUACCAGGACACUCCAGGAGUCAAAAUGAUUGUGGUUCUUGGAGAGAUAGGGGGCACGGAGGAAUAUAAGAUCUGCCGGGGCAUCAAGGAGGGCCGCAUCACCAAGCCCGUGGUCUCCUGGUGCAUCGGGACCUGUGCCACCAUGUUCUCCUCCGAGCAGUUCCAUUCCUGCAAAUUUACUCUGUGGGUCUGCAUGCAAAAAUAUUUCAAGGUACAGUUCGGCCACGCUGGAGCUUGUGCCAACCAGGCUUCUGAAACGGCAGUAGCCAAAAACCAGGCUUUGAAGGAGGCCGGAGUGUUUGUGCCCCGGAGCUUCGAUGAGCUUGGAGAGAUCAUCCAGUCCGUGUAUGAGGAUCUCGUGGCCAGAGGGGUCAUCAUACCUGCUCAGGAGGUGCCGCCCCCGACGGUACCCAUGGACUACUCUUGGGCCAGGGAGCUGGGCCUGAUCCGCAAACCUGCCUCGUUCAUGACCAGCAUCUGCGAUGAGCGAGGACAGGAGCUCAUCUACGCGGGCAUGCCCAUCACGGAGGUCUUCAAGGAGGAGAUGGGCAUCGGCGGGGUCCUCGGCCUCCUCUGGUUCCAGAAAAGGUUGCCCAAGUACUCCUGCCAGUUCAUUGAGAUGUGCCUGAUGGUGACGGCUGAUCACGGGCCAGCCGUCUCUGGGGCUCACAACACCAUCAUCUGUGCUCGGGCCGGGAAGGACCUGGUUUCCAGCCUCACCUCAGGACUGCUCACCAUCGGUGACCGGUUUGGGGGUGCCCUGGAUGCAGCAGCCAAGAUGUUCAGCAAGGCCUUUGACAGUGGCAUCAUCCCCAUGGAGUUUGUGAACAAGAUGAAGAAGGAAGGAAAACUCAUCAUGGGCAUUGGUCACCGAGUGAAAUCGAUAAACAACCCAGACAUGCGCGUGCAAAUCCUCAAAGAUUACGUCAGACAGCACUUCCCUGCCACACCCCUGCUUGACUAUGCGCUGGAAGUAGAGAAGAUUACCACCUCGAAGAAACCAAACCUUAUCCUGAAUGUAGACGGUUUAAUUGGAGUUGCAUUUGUAGACAUGCUCAGAAACUGUGGGUCCUUCACUCGGGAGGAAGCUGAUGAAUAUAUUGACAUUGGAGCCCUCAAUGGCAUCUUUGUGCUGGGAAGGAGUAUGGGCUUCAUUGGACACUAUCUUGAUCAGAAGAGGCUGAAGCAGGGGCUGUAUCGUCACCCAUGGGAUGAUAUUUCAUAUGUUCUUCCGGAACACAUGAGCAUGUAAUGGAGCCAGGAACCCUGCUACAGUAAAGUGAAGACGAGAACGCCUCCCCGCGCCCCCCCACCACCCGGGAAAUAGCCACAGACAGCUGGCACUGGAGCUUGCUUAAAGGAUGGGCCUGGAAUGUAAACAGCCAGCAGUGUACAGGCCCGAAGACCAACACCUACAGGCCAACACUGUUCAGUCUACACAAAGAAGCUUAAUAUUUUUUUUUAUAAGCUUAGAAAUAAGAACCCAGCCAAUACUUGUAACAUUUGCUCUGCUACCUGCUGUAUUUAUUAUAUGGAAGCAUCUAAGCACUGUCAGGAUAGUGUUUUUCCUCAUUGUAGGGUGUUACAAUGUUGCUUUCUUUUUUCCAUUAGUUAAAAAAAUGUGUUCCCCUUGAAGGAAGGGAAUGACACUUUUAAGACCUCAAGAUACUCUCCAUUUAAAGAACCCCUAAUACCUUGUUUUUCCUUUUCGCUUUUCUUCCUCCUCAUAUAACCUGAAGAGCAUUGUAUUAAUCUGAUUUUUUUUUUUUUUUUAGGAUCUUUUCAUAUGUUGUGUGUUAAGAGUUUGUUUGGUAUCCCCCUGAAAUGUUCCAUGUUGCAGACCAGUGUUGGGGACAGGACCAUUGCAUCCUUAGCCAUUGUUACAGAAUAUGUGGAACAGUAAUUUAAAAUGUAAAGUCGUAACAUACAUAUGUUUAAAAUGGAAGUGCAAAGCAAAAAGCUGUGAAAUGUCUUGUGUCUUAACAUUCUCUGUAUUUAUGCAACUGACUUGUCUGUUAUCGACUUGUCUUCAGUUUGCAUCUGUAAUCCACAAAGAUUCUGGGCAGCUGCCACCUCAGUCUCUCCUCUGUAUUAUCAUAGUUUGGUUUAAAUAAACUAUAUAGUAACAAUGAAAA